UCCAGCUUGUGUGUGAUGGCUUCAAUGGAGUUUCAUCUGCUUCCCAUCUUUGUUUUAUUUUCACAGGUAGUGCUGUCAGCAAUAGCGGUUGAUAAGAUAGCGAUGGUGACAACGACAGUGGAAAGAGGUGAUAUUUCUGUACCUGCAGAAAUAUAUUGGCAUUCCAAAUUAUCAAACACUUCGAUUCCACGAGAUCUUUUGAAUCUUAUUCAACAUGUGGGAGACAAAUAUAUCUUUUGGAACAUGGAAUAUGGCAAGAGAUAUGAGAAGAAAUUUGAACAAGCCACUGCAGAGGAUACUGCUGAUGUCCCGAAAGUGAAAUAUGGCGUGAAAUAUGGCAAGAGAUAUGAGAAGGAAUUUGAACAAGCCACUGCAGAGGAUACUGCUGAUGUUCCGAAAGUGAAAUAUGGCGUGAAAUAUGGCAAGAGAUAUGAGAAGGAAUUUGAACAAGCAACUGCAGAGGAUACUGCUGAUGUUCCGAAAGUGAAAUAUGGCGUGAAAUAUGGCAAGAGAUAUGAGAAGGAAUUUGAACAAGCCACUGCAGAGGAUACUGCUGAUGUUCCGAAAGUGAAAUAUGGCGUGAAAUAUGGCAAGAGAUAUGAGAAGGAAUUUGAACAAGCCACUGCAGAGGAUACUGCUGAUGUUCCGAAAGUGAAAUAUGGCGUGAAAUAUGGCAAGAGAUAUGAGAAGGAAUUUGAACAAGCAACUGCAGAGGAUACUGCUGAUGUUCCGAAAGUGAAAUAUGGCGUGAAAUAUGGCAAGAGAUAUGAGAAGGAAUUUGAACAAGCCACUGCAGAGGAUACUGCUGAUGUUCCGAAAGUGAAAUAUGGAAAGCGCUAUGAGCUUAAAUUCAACAAGCAUGCUCGCUCUAACUCAAUUGUGUUUUUCUUGCCUAAUGAUCUGCAUGCAGGCAAAAAGAUGAGGCUCCAUAUAACUAAAUCAGUAAACAAAGCUAGAAUUUUGCCUCGACAAGUAGCCGACUCUCUGCCCUUUUCAACUAAUAAGUUAGCAGAAAUUAUGAAGUACUUUUCGGUAAAUCCUGAAUCAAGUAAAGGCAGAAUGUUAAAGGAAACUGUGGAGGAUUGUGAGUCACCAGGAAUUAAAGGAGAAGAUAGAUUUUGCCCCACAUCUCUAGAGUCCUUAGUUGAUUUCAGUGUGAAACAUGUUGGAAACAAAGCUCAAGUCCUUAUGAACGAGAUAGAUAGGCCUAAAAGGGAGCAAGAGUAUACUAUCAAAGAAGUAAAAUUUAUAGGAGAAAACCAUGUGGUGUGCCACAAGCAAAAUUACCCAUAUGCUGUGUAUUAUUGCCAUGCACUCAACGGCACUAAGGUUUACACAGCUCAAGUGGUAGGAGCUGACGGCACAAAAGCUAAAGCAGUCGCAGUUUGCCACACAGAUACCUCAGCUUGGAAUCCAGGACACUUGGCCUUUUUGGUUCUGAAGACGAAGCCAGGUGAAGGAACUGUUUGCCACUUCAUUAGAAGUGAUACUUUUGUCAUGGUUUCCAAUUAAUUAUGAGAAAAAGCUCCACCACCAGUCUAAUGAAAUGAGCCACGCUUAGAGUUUAUGCGUGCUUGUAGUUACUGCUCUAUCCUUGUAUAAUUAAGUUUGUGUUGAAUAAAUGUGGAGCUUUGCUUAUGAUUAUAUCAA